GGCCCCUCGAGGCCCCUCCUGGCUGGGCUGGCCCAGGGACUCGGUCUGAGGCCCUGUAACUCCAGCCGCUGCUCCCGCCAUGCCCAUUUCUCCCUCACCUCACAAAGCCUCCCAUUCAGCUCUGCCCCCACUGCCAGGUCUGCAGGCCGGGAGGGGGGGCUCCCCCGGCGUCCAGGCGGGGGACCGUCGCCAGCCUUUCUCUGUGUUGCGCCUCCAGGCCAGACUGGCCGUGCGAUCGGCAUGACGGGGCCCCAGAGUGUCUCCCUGGUGCUGUUGCUUCCACUGCUGCUGCCACUGGGGCCAAACCGGUGUGCGGUGGCCCAGCGCUGUCCGCAGGCCUGCGUCUGCGACAAUCCCAGGAGGCAUGUCGCCUGCCGGCACCAGAACCUCACCGAGGUGCCGACCGCCAUCCCUGAGCUGACCCAGCGUCUGGAGCUCCAGGGCAACAUGCUGAAGGAGAUCCCCCCGGCUGCCUUCCGGGACCUGCCUUACCUGACACAUCUGGACCUGCGGUACUGCCAGGUGGAGCUGGUGGCCGAAGGGGCCUUCCGAGGCCUGGGCCGCCUGCUCCUCCUCAACCUGGCCUCCAACCGCCUGAGCGCGCUGCCCCAGGAGGCGCUGGACGGGCUGGGCUCGCUGCAGCGGCUGGAGCUGGCGGGGAACCUGCUGGAGGAGCUGCGGCCAGGGACGUUCGGGGCGCUGGGCGCGGUGACCACGCUGAACCUGGCCCACAACGCCCUGGUCUACCUGCCCGCCAUGGCGUUCCAGGGGCUGGUGCGCGCCCGCUGGCUGCAGCUGUCGCACAACGCGCUCAGCGUGCUGGCCCCAGAGGCCCUGGCCGGCCUGCCGGCCCUGCGCCGGCUCAGCCUGCACCACAACGAGCUGCAGGCCCUGCCCGGGAUGGCCUUGUCCCAGGCCCGUGGCCUGGUCCGCCUCGAGCUGGGCCACAACCCCUUCACCUACGCGGGGGAGGAGGACGGGCUGGCGCUCCCCGGCCUGCGGGAGCUGAGGCUGGACCAUGGGGCCCUGCAGGCCCUGGAUGCCCGGGCCUUCGCCCUCUGCCCCCGCCUGCACACGCUGGACCUCCGCGGGAACCAGCUGGACGCCCUGCCGCCGCUGCAGGGCCCGGGACAGCUGCGCCGGCUGCGGCUGCAGGGGAACCCGCUGUGGUGCGGCUGCCGGGCCCGGCCGCUGCUGGAGUGGCUGGUCGGGGAGGAGGCCGGGGCGGCCGGGCCCUGCCCGCGCACCUGCGUGUGCGUCCCCGAAUCGCGGCACAGCAGCUGUGAGGGCCGGGGCCUGCAGGCCGUGCCCCGCGGCUUCCCCAACGACACCCAGCUUCUGGACCUCAGGCGGAACCGCUUCCCCGUGGUGCCCCGAGCGGCCUUCCCGGGCCUGGGCCGCCUCGUGUCGCUGCACCUGCAGCACUGCGGCCUCACGGAGCUGGAGGCGGGCGCCCUGGCGGGGCUGGACAGCCUUCUCUACCUCUACCUGUCGGACAACCGGCUUUCUGGCCUCAGCGCUGCCGCCCUCGAGGGGGCCCCCCGCCUGGGCUACCUGUACCUGGAGCGGAACCGCUUCGUGCGGGUGCCAGGGGCUGCCUUGCUCGCCCUGCCCAGCCUCUUCUCCCUGCACCUGCAGGACAACGCCCUGGACCACCUGGCGCCCGGUGACCUGGAAGGCGGGCGGGCCUUGCGCUGGCUCUACCUGAGUGGGAACCGCCUCGCCCGAGUGUCCCCUGGGGCGCUGGCCCCUGCUCGGGAGCUGGAGAAGCUGCACCUGGACAGGAACCAGCUGGACGAGGUGCCCUCUGAGGCCCUGGAGGGGCUGCCAGCCCUUCUGGAGCUGCAGCUCUCGGGGAACCCGCUCGGGGCCCUACGAGAUGGCGCCUUCCGGCCCGUGGGCCGUUCGCUGCAGCACCUCUUUCUGAACAGCAGUGGCCUGGAGCAGAUUUCUCCUGGAGCCUUCUCGGGCCUGGGGCCCCGGCUCCGGAGCCUACACCUACAGAAGAACCAGCUGCAGACACUGCCUGCCCUGCCCGGUCUCAGCGAGCUGGAGCUCAUUGACCUCAGCGGCAACCCCUUCCGCUGUGACUGCCAGCUGCUCCCACUUCACAGGUGGCUGGCGGGUCUGAACCUGCGCGUGGGGGCCACCUGUGCCACCCCCCCCAGUGCCCGUGGCCAGAGGGUGAAGGCCGCAGCUGCUGUCUUUGAAGCCUGCCGGGGCCGGGCUGCCAGGAAGGCCAAGUGGACCCCGGCCCCCAGGCCUGGCGCCCGGGGGACCCCCAUGAAGGGAAGAUGGCAGAGAGUGAACGAGGUGGGGAAGGAGAGGACCGGCCUCUAAGCAUGGAGCCGCCCACCGGCCCCAGCCUUGUGCGGGAAGCUCUCACUCUCAUCAGGAGUGGGCUCCGAUGGCACCUUCGCC